AUGAAUAAACUUUUAACAUUGGGAAUGCUAUCUUUACUUAUGAUUGGAGUCUCUUAGUAUUUAGAUGCUUCAGAAGUAACUCUCUAAUAGAGAUUUGAACUUUUUACAAAAAAAUAUGCCAAGUUUUAUGGUCCUUCUGAAAAGAUCUAUAGAGCAAAGAUUUAUGAAGAGAGAAUCAAGCUAUUUGAAGCUCAUAAUGCUGAUAAAACACAAACUUAUACAAUAGGAGAGAAUUAAUUUACUGAUUUAACUGUAGAGGAAUUUAAAGAAAUCUACUUAAGAAGAAAAUCUCCUUAAAACUUUGUAAAUGAAAAAUACGUACCAACUAAGGAAGCAAAUUUAACUUCAGCUAAUUGGGCCGGCUUGACAUCUGUCAAAGAUUAAGGACAAUGUGGAGCUGCUUGGGCUUUUGCAGCAGUUGGAGCAGUAGAAUCUGUGUUAAGAAUUAAUAGUGUCACAAAUACUGAUCUUUCAGAAUAAUAAUUAAUUGAUUGCGAUCUAGAAAAUUAAGGUUGUGAAGAUGGCAACCUCAACAAUUCAUUGAAUUGGGUUCAAAACAAUGGUAUAUUAAGCUCCGCCAAUUAUCCUUACGCCGGAAAAACUCAAGGGUGCAAAAAACCAACAGGUUUAUUCUAAAUUAAAGGAUAUCAAAAGGUUGAACCAGAUUAAAUGUAGCCAGCAAUAGUUAAGUCUCCAAUCGCUGCAUCUGUUGAUGGUACAACUUGGUUAUUUUAUAACGCCGGUGUCUUUAAUCAAUGUAGAUUUGAAGAAUUAAACCAUGAUGUUUUGAUUAUAGGUUUCAAUGACGACGGAACUUGGAUAGUCAAAAAUUCUUGGGGUCAAUGGUGGGGAGAAAAUGGUAUCAUCAGACUCGCUCCAGGUAAUUCAUGUGGAAUUUAAGAAUAAUCCUACAUUGCAUACGUUUGA